CCGCAGUCGGCAUUGAGGGGUUUUUCUUGCCGUGGUCUCUUCGUUGUGCGUAAAGAAUUUGCGCACUUUGCGUGUUGUCUCUCUCUCUCCUCCAGCAGCGCUCACAUUCCACCCCGGACAAGUCAACCAAAUUUUGGAUCAUCGCGGGCAGCGCACAGGGCACCGCUGCAGAUAGUACACAGCAGGCAUUGCACAGGCUUCCCAAGCCGGGCACCUUCAACUAGGUACACUACUUACUAGUUCUACUUGCAUUGACAUCCAUCACUACUUCACUACAUAUUAUUUCGGCUGGGUGCUUUGAUGUCCAUUCUCUUGUUGUGUGCGAGUUUCAAGAGACAAUAAAGAGGGUUGCUAUCAUUGUCGCAGACAGCCCGUUGCGCGCUUCCAGGUCCCCUCCCCUCCGCUUCCCUCCCUCCCCCAAGGAGAGACAGUGUUAGGUAGCGGGCCGGGCGGCUUUGUGGUUAGUACCGUUAGUCUCCUCGUUGGCUGUCAGUGUCACGAAUAAGGAGAUUCCAACAACACACCUCUAACCAAGGGCCCCUUGCUCCCUCUCCACGUCGUCUUUCUUGCCGAGCCUGCUUCAUAUCCAAGCGUGUGACCACCAACACACGUUCACCACGCACCAGCUCCAGGCAUUACCGCACCUUGUUGAGCUUGUUGGGCCCGACGCCAGACAAUUCUUUCGGUCGCUUCAUCCACUUCCACAUAUACCGGACGACGGGCAAGCCACUGAUUGCCGGACAGCGGUCAGCCCAUCUUUGCCUUGGCUUUUUGGAUUAGCAUCGGCAGUCUGUGCGCCUACAUAUUCACCAUCGCCGUUCCCUGCAGAAAGCAGCAGUAGCAGCAACAACCGCCGCCUUUGCUUCUGCUUCUGCUUCUGCUUCCAUCGAUCCCCCCUCCCCCCCAACCGCUCUGCACGCGCAAAACAUUCGACGUCGUCUCGCCACCACCAGAAAAUACACCUAACAGCCCAUGUCAUCAUUACUUCCAAGCUGACCGUCGCUUCAACCAUGGCCAUGCUGGCAUCCAAGUCGCCCUAUACGCCUUCGCUGGGUUCCCAGUCGUCCACCAUGAUGGCGAGCACACCACAAACCGCCUACAAUCCUUCGCGAAGAGCGCCUGCAGUCUCUCAUGCGACCAACCAGAACUAUGCGAGUCCUACCGAAUCCGAAUUUUCCGAACUUGACGGGCCCGAAUCGGUCAAGAACUGGAACGAGGACAGGGUGUGCGAAUAUCUCAGGAGCGUAAAAUGCGGCGACUACGAAAGGAUAUUCCGCAAAAAUAACAUAAAUGGCGAGGCGCUUUUGGAGAUUGACAAGGAGGUCCUCAAAGAGAUGGGAAUCGAAAAGGUUGGAGAUCGCGUCCGCUUGUUUCUGAGCAUCAAGAAACUCCGGACACAGACCUAUGCGAACCAGAGAAAGAGAGACAGGGAAUCCUUUGCUGUACUUGAUAACCAGUAUUCAGCGACUUCUUUACGAGUGCCCAUCACAAAUCGGUCAGCGGCAACGUCCGCUCCUCGGCGCUAUGACCGCCAGUACGAACUCACCCCCAAUGCCGACAUGUCGAAACCUUCCUCGCGGCCGACCUCGCCGCUACCUAGUUCUGACUACAACAGACAAGCCCGGCGAGGCUAUGUGCAACAACAGGGCUAUGGCAAUCAACCUACACAAGCUGCUCCCUCGCGGUUCCCCAUGUCUCCUCCUGAGUCCCACCCCGGCCGAUUGGUACAAGCCCACACUAGGAACAACUCCAGCAUGGAUGGUUCGCUGAUGGCUGCGCUGCCACAGGGUCAGGAUGUCAUUCGCGUCAUCUCCACAGGUGGCGUAACCAAGGUUGUUAAGAUUGCCGACUGCAACACCUGUGAAGAGGUUAUGCGUGUUACCCUACGUAAGUUUGGCCUGCGGGAGGACCAUGAAAGGAAUUACUGUUUCUGGGUACUGGCCGGCGUUGAUCCGGACCCAAACCAAUGCCGCCGCCUCGGGGAUACGGAGCUGUGGAGAGUCAUCAAGGACCACACUCGCCCAGAGCGCAACCGCCUGAUUCUCAGGCGUGUUCCUUCUGGAGAGCCGGGCAAGGCAGAACUCGAAAGAGCAGCUGCCAUUGCGAUGGAGGAAGCACAGCAAACACAUAGGCCUCCAAUUGAGCCCAGCGAUAAGCGGAGUCAGCUGAAGCUGCAAAAGGUGCUGGGAGUGGGCUGGGAAGACCUCCAACAACAGCCUCCGCUGUCUCCCAUGUCCUAUCAGGACCGAGAAAGAAACGUCUCAAACGCUGCUAGGGAUCUAGAGCGGCCAGCACCUCUGGAAACCCCCAGGGCCAUGCCUCGCCGUACACAAGCACUUCGUCAGUUCGGUGGGCUGAGACCGCCUAGCGAGCUUAUCGCCUCGGAUCUUACGAGCUACUUUCCAGAUCACUCUCGUGAAGCUAUUGACAGGACGGCCCGUUUGUCCAUGAGACGCUCGGCACGUCUGAGUAGAGUGAACCAUCGUCUGAGUGUUGCCAGCACCCUUAGCUUUGCCUCUAGCAUACAAGACGCUCCGCCGAUCCCUACCAUCGCAGACAGCUGGUUGACCGCUUCCAACCAGAUUGCCAAGGUACGCCCGCGUGAUGUGCUGCCAAGGGCGCCUCACGGGUAUAGAGAUUCUGUGGCUUCAUCCGUGCUUGAUACGCUACAAGAAGAAGGCUCCCCAACCGAGCCUAACCGGAGAUCAUUCGUUCCAUUUUCGGACAGCGGCUCGGAUACAGCUGCAGUUAGCGUCAUUGAUCCCGAUGGUAACAUAGUCAGACACAGUUACUACGACAGCGGCACCAACAACUCGGCCGAUUCCGCGGUAAUACAGGAAGCACUUGCUGAAGAUGGCGAGGAUGCAGCUGACAAGGAGCUUCAAACUUUUCUGGCGGGCGACGCUUGGGACGACAGUAUGUGGAUGAAGGGUUCUCUUAUCGGCCAGGGUUCAUUUGGCUCCGUGUACCUCGCCCUACAUGCCAUCACUGGUGAACUGCUCGCCGUGAAGCAGGUCGAGACACCUGCGCCUGGUGCAGACAGUAAGAACGAUGCCCGCAAGAAGAGCAUGAUUGAAGCGCUCAAGCGCGAGAUCACCCUCCUUCGUGACCUCCAACAUCCCAAUAUCGUGCAGUACCUGGGCUGCAGCUCAUCCGCGGAAUAUCUCAACAUUUUCCUCGAAUACGUUCCCGGUGGUUCCGUGCAGACCAUGCUCAACCAAUACGGUGCCCUCCCUGAAUCACUCGUUCGCAGCUUCGUUCGCCAAAUCCUCCAGGGCCUCUCCUACCUCCACAACCGUGACAUCAUUCACCGCGACAUCAAGGGCGCCAACAUCCUUGUCGACAACAAAGGUACCAUCAAAAUCUCCGAUUUCGGCAUCUCCAAGAAACUCGAAGCCACCAACAUCCUCAACGGCGCCAACAACAACAAGCACCGUCCCUCACUGCAAGGCUCCGUCUUCUGGAUGGCUCCUGAGGUAGUCAAACAAACCAGUUACACCCGCAAAGCCGACAUCUGGUCACUCGGCUGCCUGGUGGUCGAGAUGAUGACGGGUACCCACCCGUUUCCCGAUUGCACCCAGUUGCAGGCCAUCUUCAAGAUUGGCGGCUCCAAGGCCUCGCCGACGAUCCCGGAUAACGCUAGCGAGGAGGCUAAGCAGUUCCUUGCGCAGACAUUCGAGAUUGAUCAUAAUAAGCGGCCGAGCGCAGAUGAGCUGAUGUUGAGCCCGUUCUUGACGCCUGUGCCCGGGACAUAGGAGUCUUCCAAUAAAGUGUGAGAGUUUUCGUAUGUCAGAAAUUGACAUAAGAGGAGGAUUUAAUCAGGGCUUGAAUUGUAGUGACAAAAAACAUGUGUAUGUGUUGCUACUCAUCUGUGAGGUUUGUCUGUCUGUCACGCUGUCUGUUUUACGCUGGUGUCUGUCAAAUGUGGUCUGUCUGAAAACGACUAUGACUACUUCCUUUCUUUUCCCCAAGUUCUUGUUUUGAUUACCUCUUUUUGUUUUUGAUUUGAUGUUGCUCACUCAGCAGGCUGGCUGGCUGGCGCCGGGCAGGACAGGGCAGGCAAAAAAUGGCACUUUUUCCGAGACAAAUACUACCGACGGAUGGCAUCUUGUUUUGUUGGGACGGGGAUAGGGACAUUUUUGUGAUUUUUCCGGUCAUUUUUCAUUUCCAUGUUAAGUUUUCCUUUUAAACUCCAUUCAUUUUUUUUUCUCAUAUACAAUACCUACCUACUACCAACAUGGCGGCAGGAAGGUGUAAAGAAGACGGGGAUAGGAACUGGGAAUAUUUCAACGAUGUGAUGGACGAGUCAGAACCGAUUAACAUGAUGAUGGGAUGGAAGGACGAGGAGGAAACUUAUUGGAACUGGGAGGGCUGGGUAUGGUGGGGCGAGGAAGGGAGAGCGGUAUGCAGUCGUGAAAGGGGAGGAGGAAGAGAGCGAUAGUGACUGAAAAGAAAGUGUUUAAAGUUCAAGUACC